GGAGGCAGUCGGACGUCCGAGGCGCGCCGAGAUGCUGCUCUUCUGCCCGGCCUGCGGGAACGUGCUGGUAGCCGAGGAGGGCGCCCGCUGCCACCGCUUCGCUUGCACUACCUGCCCCUACGUGCGCAACGUCACGCGCAAGGUGACGAGCCGGCGCUAUCCGAAGCUGAAGGAAGUGGACGACGUGCUGGGCGGGGCCGCCGCCUGGGAGAACGUGGACUCCACCGCAGAGCCCUGCCCCAAGUGCGGCCACCCGCGCGCCUACUUCAUGCAGCUGCAGACGCGCUCGGCCGACGAGCCCAUGACCACCUUCUACAAGUGCUGCAGCGGCCGGUGCGGCCACCGCUGGCGGGACUGAGCGGCCUG